GUAUAGAGAAAAUAAACGCAAUACUUUACCAUAAAAUUAUGUUGACUCAAAGAAAACGUAACUGGUGACACUAAGGUAACCGACCGGCGAUCGACAGCGCAACAAAUGAUGUUUAUUUAAGAAAAUCUAAAAGGAAUAUAAAAGACUGUGAUAAGGUACAGUAUAGUGGAAUAAAUGGAACGCCCACGAAGAAUUGUCCGUCCACCAGGUGCACUGAAUGACUAUUUAACAGCUAAUGAAGCAGAAAGAAAAAGUGUAAGUGUUGAGGAAGAGGUUAGGGAAGACCAAAGAGAACAGGAGGAAAUAAAAGAAGAUGUAAUUCAGACAGAAACAGACAAGAAGCUAUUUUUGUCUCAACCAUACAAGUGCGGAGAGUGUAAAGCUCGUUAUAGAAGUAAAGUGGCACUUCUUCGUCAUGCAGUUAAACACAGUGGUGAGAAGCCUUUUGUAUGUUCGGAGUGUGGGAAGGGACUCUCAAGUCAAUGUGCCCUCUCAGAACAUAUGAAUAUUCACACAAACAACAGACCUCACAGGUGUGAUGAAUGUGGCUUAGAGAGUCGUCAGUUGAGUGUUCACCUGCGACAUCUCUUAACUCACCAGUCCCAUCCAGAACAUUUGUAUAGUUGCUCUGUGUGUGCAAAGACUUUCAAACAAAAUGAGUACCUGCGGAAGCACAUGCGGAAACACACAGGAGAAAAGCCAUUUGUUUGUAAAGAAUGUGGAAAGUCAUUUACAUGUAAGAGUGAACUGAACCGUCACAGCAAGCGGCAUUCCUCUGAAAGGCCACAUAUGUGCUCAGAUUGUGGCCAGAGUUUUAAGAUGAGACAUAAUCUUCGCAAACACCUCAAAGCUCAUUCUGGUACACAACAAUGGAAAUGUCUACUCUGCUCAUCCAUUUUUUCAAAGCCAAAAUUACUGGAGGCUCAUAGGAAGACACACCUAGAAACAGUUCAACACCUACAAGUCAACAGACCAGAUGAUAACACACUAAUUGUCUCUGCUGAGGGGGAUGAUCGAAGGAAGCUUCCAACAGUCCACAAUGUUCUGCUCCCUAGGGAUAAUUUAGGAUUAUAUGGUUCUGAUAUUAAUGUACAAAAAAAGUUUUUAAGGAUAAAUGACACAACCCUGCCCCUAGAACUAAUACUAAAUUCUGUUGGAAAAGGAAAUGCUAUUAAAAUAAAGAUUAUUGAUAAGCCUGCACAGCCAAGACCAGAAACAUUCUCUACAUGUGAAAAUAUUGUUGAAUUGGUUGAUGAGGACACACAGAAACAAGAAAGCUUCAGUUUUUCAAAAGAUAACAACAGCAAAGUUGGCAACAUGAGAUCAGAGUCAACUGAUGAAGGAGGCAGUGUUCCUAGUGUAAAUCAUGAAGCCGUACAAGUGGCCAGUGUAUUGAGUAUUCCUGAUAGCAUAUUGAGCCACUGUCUUUCCAAACAUUAUGUUCGAAUCAACCCAGCCUGCUCAGACUAUCGCUGCUGGCUAACAACAUUAACCUCACUUUGUCAACAACUUUGUCCACCAUAUGAUCUUGAGGUGUGCAAGCACCUCAGUCAUAUGACUUCAGCUCUCCAGUUCUCUCUCAUACAAGAACCAGGCUCAACUCUUCAUCCUAAAUCAACAGAUUUUACAACAUCUGAGUCAGAUAUGGUGUCCAGUGUGUGGCCCUGCCAGGAUCGUUCUCAAUAUCAGUUUAUUUAUAAGCAGUAUAUGAUGCUAAUGGAAACAUUUCAGAGCCAUUUUAAUCAUCAUGCCAAUGAUCUUCAUCAAAUUUUAAAAAGUAAAAAAGUUUCUACCAUUCACUUUUUCAUUAUAAAACUUGCUUGCCCAAUAAAAGUGCCUUGCUCAUACCUGAGGCAGUACUUGAUUUACGAAAACAUCAUAAUGGGGGAAUUCAUAAUUGAAUGCACGCUCUGUGGAUCCUCAUUUGGUUGUGAGAAAGAUUAUGAUUCCCAUCCUUGUUUGGAGGCAGAUGUCAAAGUUCCUUUUAAAAUCAAAGUGGAACAGGGUGGGGAUGAAGAGGAGAGAGAGCUUGAAAGUGAGGCUCAGCAUAUGUUAGAUCAAGCCUCAAGUUCUAGUAAUCAAAAUGCUGUUCUCUUGUCAAGUAUCAAAGAAGAGCCAUGUGAAUUUAUGGAUGUUGAAGAUGAGGAUCCACUUGAUUUAAAAAAUGAAGUGGAAGACAGGGAUAAACAGCAACCUAAAGAUGAAACUGAGGCUACAGAAGAAAACACUGAAGAGGAUGUAGAUCAUGCAAGUGAAGAAGAGGAUGUUGAAGAACUUGACGUUAUGGAUCCCAAUACUAAAGUGGAUAAAGUUACGGAUGCUGUAUCAAUUCGUAAUGAAUGUGGUGUGUGUGGAAAAAGAUUUUAUCGGAGAGAAGAUUUUCUUAAUCACACAACGAAUUCUCACAAGAUACCCAGACCAUACCAAUGUAAAGUAUGCAAGAAGAGAUUUACUCAAAAGCAUUAUGUUACUCUACAUAUGAGAGUUCAUACCGGUGAGAGACCCUAUAAAUGUAAACUCUGUUCCAAUACUUAUUCCCAUAAGACAAGUUUUACUAUUCACAUGCGAAUUCAUACUGGAGAUCGACCAUAUAUGUGUGGGGUCUGUGGAAAAAAGUGUUAUGACAAGUCUGGUCUAACAAGUCACAUGAGAUCACAUACUAAAGAGACUCCAUAUGAAUGUGAAGUCUGUGGACGACGAUUCACCCAUUCCAAGAGUUUAUUAGUCCAUCGUAGGAAUCAUACUGGCGAGAAACCCUAUAAAUGUCAGUACUGUGGUAAAUGUUUUAGGCAUUGGCAUAAACAUAAAAUUCAUAUCAGGCUACACACUGGAGAAAGACCAUAUAGAUGUAAUGUUUGUGGUAAAGGUUUUCCACGUAAUGAUGAAGUGAAACGACACAUGAGAAGUCAUCAGGGAAUAAAAUCAUUCAAAUGCUCCAUAUGUGGUGUAUACUGUGCUACUCAAGCAAGUAUUACAGGACAUAUUGAUCUUCACCAUGCAGACUUAAGGCAAGUCAAUCCAAAUGCUCCAGAAAAGACUGUUGUAAAGAAUAGCCAUUCUGGGAUUCUUGGGACAAAAGCACCUCAACCAAGGACGAUUUAUAAGCCCAUUGCCUCAGUAGCUAGCCAAAGCACCUCAACUCAAGCUAGCCCCAUUCAGACAACUUCAAUGAUGACAACUAACAAGAAUGCUUGUAAAAUUAGUGUGAAAAAAGAUCUUAACAAAGUAGAGGAUACACCAGAGAGCAAGACACAAACUAAGGAAGCUGAGAAGACUAAAGUUCUCAGUUAUAAAGAGUUCAUUGAAUUGCAAGAAAAAUUGUUAAUGUGUAAGGGUUUGACAGUUAAGGAUCCACAGGGAAAUUCAUCCCUCAGGAAGUGCAAUGAUGAUGGGAGUAGUGACAAGAAUGAUGGUACUCACACAAAAGAUCAGAGUACAGGUACUACCACCCUAUAUCAGAAUCCCAAACCACAAGUGGGUAUCACUAGACCAGUUUUGGACAGUGGUGGUCUGGGUAAAAAGAUAAUGGUGUUGUCAACACAAAGUGGCCAGAAAGGGGAGGGUACACGAUUUGUGGUACCACAACCAUUGACUGGUAACAAACAUGUAAUAGUUACAUCUUCUGGAUCAAAUACAACUGGGCAGCGUCUGGUUAUACGACAACCUUCUUUGUUUAUGCCUCAGACUCAAGUAGGUGGAAACCAACAGUUAGUUCUGCUUUCUAAACCUGGAGGUCAACAAAAUUCUAUGAUGCUAGCACAACCAAUGUUUUUAGUAUCUGGGGGAAAUUCCCAAUGUAUGGUACUAGUGCCCUCAAAUUCUACCUCUGGAUCUAACACAGGUGGUCUUCAAACUUUAUUACUUCCUACUACAGGUGUGAACACACAGGUGAACAAUGGAACUGCUGAUACUCCAGCCACCGAAGUAAUAGUGAAGCAAGAGCCUGGGGAGGUUGCAACAACCACCAUUUCUUCACCAAAGAUUGUAAUAAAAGAAGAAACAGGUACACAGUUACCAGGUGGAAUAAUGGUUAAACAAGAACCAGUAGAUGAUACUUCCACAACAUCUUGUAGUUUUGGUAAUAUAGUUAUAAAACAGGAGCCACAAGACUAGUUGGCAAACUAACCAAUGUUUAUUACAUUGUGGUUUAAGACACUUAUAAUUUAAUAUUAUAGAGUACUGUACUGUAUAUUAAAACCUUUAAUGCACAUACCCAGUGAAGUUUCUUUCAAGAUUUCACAUUUGAAAUGCAUGGUGAUAUUUAACAAAUGAAACUUUGGGUAUAUGUACAUAUACAUACUGUAUUCAGAAUCAAACUAGUCAUUUAUAGUGCAACAAGUACUUACAGUAGUGCCACCUGUUGGGUUCUAUGAUGAAGGUUUUGAGUGCUUCCUUCAAAACCUUAAUGGAUUCCAUCGCUAGUCAGUCUGUUGUGAAUUUAAAAAAUGCAGGAAAUAUUAAGAAGUUUCAGGACAGCACCAACAAUUGUGGACUGUCCUGUACCAGUACAUGUACCUAAAAUAACAUUCCUCUGUUGUUGUUUAAGGUAACAAAUGAGUGCAUGUAAAACUUAGUCUAAUAUUAUUUAUAAGGAGUUUUAUUUUUUCCUAAGUGUGACCAAUUUGCUCACAAUGCUUUUAUUUAAUGUUUUGAUAUACUGUACAGUAAUAUACCCGUAAUUGCAAAUAUUUAUUGAUUUUUCUUUAGUAUUUAUUUUAUGAAUUUUGUACUUAAUUAUAUAGGUUGAUUGGGCUAGUCAUUAUUAUAAAUAUGGAGAUGUACUUAAUAUCUUUAAGAAAUAUUUAUGAAUUAUUAUGAAAUAUUUUUUGUUUUUACUUUGUUGAUGCAAUAAUCUUUAGAGGACUCGGCACAUGGUGUUGAUAUUGAUUCAGUAAGACGUAUUAUUUGUGUGGAUAUAGAUGCUCAAUAAUUGUAAUGAAUGUAUUAACAUGGACAUCCCUUCUUGAUUGCCUGUAUGAUGUUGAAUACUGUAUUCACAUUUAUCUUCAUACUGCACUAUGAUUUACAGUAUUGUAUAUUGUAAAAAUUGCAUAAUAUUGCGCUACUAAAAUUACAGUAAAAUAGACAUGUGUACUGUGAAUUUUUUUAUGAAAAUGCUUGUUUGUGCAAAAUUUAAAGCAGUGGUUCCCAGUCUCUCUCAAUGCUGGCCGAUACACCCCUCAUGGGUAUUCAAAUAAAUUUUACACAAGAACAUAUUCUGUUAAAACCUCUCAUAUAUUUUCAUAGAAAGUGGAAGUUUUAGAAUUUUAUUAGAACAAAAAUUGCUGCAUUGCCAUUAGUUUUAGGUUUAUACAAAAUUUCCAUAGUUAGGGAUUUCAAUGGUUAUGCCAAAUUUCUAGGUUAAUUAUUAUUUAACAAAUUAAAAUAGGAUGUGCUAACACAAUGAGCUUCAAUCACAUGUUGUAUGUAACCCCUUCACUGUGGGGCUGCCACUUUUAAUAUUUUAUUUGACUAACGGCAGACGUUUUAUUCAGCACAGAGAGACCCCCGUAGAUAAGGUGUUAAUGACUGCCUUGAUCUUGGUGGAACUGUGCUAAUUUGCUAAAGCUGUAUCAGGUUUAAUUUUUGACAUGUGGAGUUAUAAGCCACUCCUCUCACUUAUUACUGUACAGUAGUCUCUUUGCUGUGUUUGUAAUUGUACCACAGUACCAAAACCAUUUUCAGUAAUUUUUCUGCUUGCUAGAAUUGAGGUUACAAAACUUUUUCCUUAACCCAGAAUACAGUUCUGUAUAACAACAUUGUUUGAAUUGUACUUAACUUGAUAGUCUUGUGGAUUUUUAAACUCUUCAUUGAAAUUUUGCUCUGAGUAUUUGAGUAUCUUGUACAUUUGGCAAAAAUGGAUUAAUAACCCAUUCAGGUGUUUUAAGUUUAUUAAUGUCUUUAAUUCUUGUCAGAAUAUCUUCCGUGAGUGCUUCAAAAUGAGAGCAAUAGGUUUCCAGAUAAGUAUUCAACACUUUGUCUUCAACCUUUAUCAUUGCCAGUAUAGACUUGGAAACUUUAAGGUAGCAUCACUGGGCACUUCUGCCUGUCUAGUCUCAAAAACCAGUGAAUCAAUCACAUUCAAGUGUUGGGAGACCAAGCUGGUGCCACCCAACAUGGGGAAAGAUGAGCUGCCUGUCCAUCCCCUUAGGCUGAAUGCAUCUGUAAGGGACAUAGCUUUUAAUAUUUUAUUUGGCUAACACCAGACAAUAUUACACCUGUGUUCGGUGAAGAGGGUAUGUUGUCCACAAGUAGUUGGUAGACUAUCUCCCCCUAACCCCUUCACUAUGGAGACCACACUUUUGAUAUUUUAUUUGGCUUGACAAUUUUAUUCAGUAGAGACGGGACCCUAUACACAAGUGGUUAACACUGAUCUAUGGUCCUAGAAACCUUAGUGGAAAAAAAUAAGAGACAAAAAAAUACAAACUCUCUUAUUACAAAAUAAUAUUAGAAGUUCCUAAAAUAACACCAAAUUGUGCAGUAAUAUACGAAUUUAAAUCAUUACUGUACUAAUAUACUGUAUCAUAAACUAAACUAAAGAAGAAUGGAAUACUAAUUGUAUAGUCUAUCCAUUUGAGCUUUGCAACUCUGCUACAAAUUGACCCUAGGCCUCAGUUGCAAAGUUCAAGUAAACAGAUGACAUAGUAGUGGGGAUGAAGAAAUGUAAGGACAGGAAAAAGAAGUUAAAAGGACUACUUACAGUACUGUUUUGUACUUAAGUCAUUGGAAGCAAUGGUGAUACAAAUGUUAGUGUUCUGAAAACAAUUAAUAUUUUCAUGUUAUAUUUUUAAAAAAUCUUAUAAUUGACAAAUUUUCGGGCUGCCUUCUUCAAUUUCAAAAAGGCCAACUGAGGGACAUGCCCAGGUUGGGAACCACUGAUUUAAAGUAUUAGAAAUUGAAGAGAUGGGUUUAUAAAGGGAGCUUUUUAAUUACUGUACCUGUAUAUUGUAUUAUUUUGUGCAGACUAUAAUUCACUGGGAAUUUUUAUAUACAUUGAUAAUUUAUUUCCUUAUUUUUAUAUGUUCUUUGGUAAACUUUUUGGUGAUAAAUUGUCACUUUCUUUAUGAAGGUGCUUCCUGUAUAGUCGGUGACUCACACAUAAAAUAAAAGAAUCAUUAGUGUCAUAGUACAGUCUCAUUCAAGAUUCUUCGAACACUGCUGGAGACAGCUGGCAAUUCAAGGCCGUUUGUUUAUUAUAGUACGUUGUAUAAUAUAAUACGAAACAACAAAACUCAACCAUUAAUUAAGCAACGAGGAACUAAGAAACCAAUCACUGGUCACUUUUACAUUCAAACAAACAGCCUCAAGUUGCCAGCUGUCUCCAGCAGUGUUCGAAGAAUCUUGAACGAGACUGUACAUUGGUAAUGCCAUUUGUUUCAAAUUUACCUGAUGGCAUGGUGGACACUUGCCAACAGGUAAUCAUUGGUAACCCAAACAAGUGUGGAAAUUGGCCGUAAAACGGUGAUGAUGAUGAUUGUAUAUUAAAGCACUGGUGUAAUACAAACUGUCAGUUGUGUUUUAUUGUAGCAUUGUAGAGUAAAUAGCUAUAAUAUAUUUGACCAUUCAAAAUGUGGCUUGAUUUGUAAGAAAAAAAAAGUACACCUAUUAGAAAGAAUAUCGGUAUGAAAACACUGACUGCAGGUUUCCUUGUUAAACUGACAACCUUUGCUUUACUUGUGUUGUAACUAAACUUACUUGGAGAUUGGUUAUCUGUAAUAGAUAAACCUUAUUACAUAAGUUAAGUCUUUUUUUGGUACUGUACUACAUAUUUGUUUGUGGAAAGAAUUUAGGAGAAAAAUAAUGCAGGCGAAGCUAAUGAAUCUGUGGCUAGAAUUAGUGAAAACUUAUGAAAAGAAAAUUUAAUUUGGGUCUUUUUAUGAACCACCAUACUUUGAAUAAGAAUUCUUUUAUUUGAUAAAAAUUUUGAAUAGUUUUCCUUUGUGUAAAAUUAAUGAGAUGACAUGUAAUGUUUAAGAUAUUUUCAUCACAUACCCAAAGAAAAAAUAUUAUUUUUUCUUUACAAAAUUGUUGAUUACAGAUAUGUUUAGUUCUUGUGUAAAUGGAAGCAGUUGCUUUUCUAUAGCACUUUUGAUGUGUUGUUUAUGGAAUAACAAAGGUGGUCCAAGGAAGAGAAGACAAGUGAAAUGGGAAUGAGAGGGCGAUUUUGAGACUUAAUUUUAGAAUAUAUGAUAGACUCACCUGUGAAGUCUACAAUGUGACUUACAGAACACUAGAGUUAAUUUUGAUAGACUUUAUCCUUCUCCCAUUGUAGUGCUUCCAUGGCCAACUGGGACCACAUACACGUACUUACUAUGUAGCACAUGAAGAUAUUUUCUCCACUUAAAUUAUGUUAGUACUGUAGCUUUAUUUAAUUAUAUUCUUGGGAAGAAAAAAAAUAAGCACUCGACUUUCUUGUAGGAAGAGAUAAAACUGGUUACAGUUAUAUGACAGUAACACAAGAUUAGAAAUAUAAAUAAUUUUUUCAUUCUAGCCAAUCCCUUCCUGUUAUGAUGCAGGGUGGCCAAAACCUAGAGCAAAACACAUUCCUUGGUGCAGUCAUUUCUUUUUGCUAGUUGCCAUGUCAUAUCUGUUUGAAUGUCAGAGUUAAAAACAAGUGUAAUUUCACAACUAUGAAAUGAAGGAAAUACUCAUUUAUUUAAAUUUUAUUCAUAAAUAUUUUUAAAAACAAUUUUGAAUAUUCAUUUAGUAAUUUUACUUAUCGCAAUUAAAUUUUCAUAGAAUACUCAUUGAUUCAGGUUUAAUAUACUGGGGGAAAAAUUGCAUACAAUGCAUUCUUUCCUGCAUGCAUACACUACUCAUCUUGCCACCCACACACUCUACUACCUACCCACACACUCAGAAGAUCCAUACACUAUCACCACAUUACCAUGCACCCACUCCACCAUCCACACACUUAAAAGAUCCAUACACUAUCACCACACUACCAUCCACCCACUCUAUCAUCCACACACUUUACUACCUACAUUUUUAUGGUUGCCUCUUGUAUCCUAGGCUAGCCAUUCCUAGGACCACUUAGGAAUAAAUUUGUGUGAGAUAUACAAAGAGUCAGCAGUGUAACAGGCACACCAUUAAUAAAUGAGUUUCAUGACCCAGUGUCAUCCACAGCUAACCAUUACCUCAGAACACGAUCCACAAAUCACUUAUUAUCCUGGUCCCCAAUUACUGCUAGGCAGACAGAGGCAUAUGAUGUAAAGAAACUUGUACCCACAUUACCAUCAACACACUAUCACCUACACUCACUCACUCCCAUCCAUACACACUACCAUGGAUAGGCUAUAGCAGCCACUGACAUUUAAUUACAUUUCCAUUUGCCUCUACACAAUAGCUCACACAGGUUUGCAUGCACAUGCAUACUGUAUACUUUGUAUGCACCCAGUAAUGCACAUGUAUCGUAAACUUUCCCCACACAAAGCAUUUUACCCAACUGCACACACAAAGUUGGAGAUGGAAUGUUUGUUUUUUUAUUUUUGAAAACUAUUCAACACUAAUUUGUAAAGAAAAAACUCAAGAAAUAUGUGGUGUCAGCUUUUGUGCCUGUUGUAAUCCUUUUUUGUUUCAUGGAAGAAAAAGGGUCAUGUCAAGUACAGUAUAGUUGUCAAAAUUGACAAAAACUAAAGGUAUGUUUUUCUGGUAGGAUGAAAUUAUUAAGGAGAAUAUCAAAAAUUUAAGAACACUUUAGUCCUCUUUUUAAUGACAGUUUUAUAAUUCAAUUGUGUUCUUUUUUAGGAUUUUCAGACUACAGCAAUAUGAUAGGAAAAACAAGAAGAUUUGUUGCAUCUUUAUUUGCCCACUGGAUCAUAUUUUUACUUAUUGUAAUGCCUUUGAAAGGUAUUGUAAAUACACAUUAAAAGGCUGUGCCAUAUUUUCAUUCCACUGUGUGAAAGGUGUUUAGAUAUUUUGAAUAACUUAUUUUUAUGUAUUAAUUGGUUAUGUCAUCCUGUGUAUCUUCUUUUGUGGAAGAAUAUUUUUAAAAUAUAAUUGUUUCAUUUACACCUCAGCUCAGAGCAUUGUCUUGUAAUGAUAACUAAUGGAUCAUAAAUGGUGCAUAUAACCAUACCAUUUGUGAAAUAAAUAUUAAGAAUAGUAGAGA